AACCAAAUCCACGUAAAUCGAGACUAUACUGUAUAGCACAAUAAGUAAUGAAUUACAGUUACUACGGCAGGAUUUUUUUUUAUUAUUUGCCACUUAUCAUCUUACCAGCCGUUUGGGUGGUUUAUCUAGUGUUAGUUUAGUACUAUACUGUGUUAGUGCAGUGGAGACAUUUCCUAAAUACUGUAACUAUUGUAUAUUUCUAGAUUUGCCCCUAAUGGGUCCCUGACAAGUGUCAUGUGUGGAGUUGCUAGCACAAUACUGUACUGUACUGUCUUGUUAAUGUUUAUAAAAAUGGAAGUUAUGUGUGAUUGUAAGAGAAUGUUUUUACUGUUUUACAGGCAACGUCUACAACCAGAUGGUGGCCGUCCCGCCCAAACAACAACACCUCCCUCGGAGGGUCAUGACAACAGUAAGAGUACACCAGCAGAUAAAACAAGAAAGAGAAAAAGAUCAACGCAGCUUGUGAAUGAGGGUCAAGAUGAACAAAACAUGAUGUUAAAAGCAAAACGUAUAGGUUUUGGCCAAAACAGAAAAGCAUCAAGACAGGAAAUAUCUACAAACCACGGAGAGAAAGUAACUGAGAAAACACUUCAGAGAGACCCUGUACCAGUACAGCCUAACACAUGUAACCCCAGCAAUGAUGUUGGCAUCUUUGAUAAAGGAUGGCAAGUGUUUGGUAUGCCAUUAAAGGAAGAAGAGUUCCAAGGACAAAUCCAAGAUGUUGAUGAAAUUGUCAAAAAAGAAGAAAUUGACUACGAUGAGAAUAUGUCAUACGAACAACCCGAGAAAGAUGUAAGUGUGAAGGAAGAAAACCUAGACAGUGACAUGUGUGUGACAGUAGGAUCACAGUACAGUGAUGCAUCGGAGAAGGAAGACAGUGAUGGUGGAAACUUGUAUGUGACUGUAGGAAUACAGGAUACUAGUGCAGAUAUGCAGGAAGACAACAUAUAAACAGUUAUUUUAGAUGAGAUGUAACCACUGAUACAGAAAGGAGUGGUCAUGUUACAUCUAUAGAGAAUGGGCUACUUUAGGUAAAGUUUUUGAUAUAUUUUACAGUAAUAUUAGGAAAUUUAAUAAGAGAAAGAAUAAGAAUGAGAGAUGAAUUUAUAAGGUGAAGAACUCUUUACUGUACUGUACAGGUCGUCCCCACUUAACACGAGUUUGCACAACUUCGCGUUAGCUGUCUCAGUCUGCCAUUUGACUGUUGUCUGGGUCACCCACAUUGUAGUGACUGGCUAUUGUUUGAUGAUUUGUCCUUAUAAUUGCAAUGCAACCAUAAAGUAACAAGAGAUGAAAGUGAAAGUUUUGGAACAUUUUGAAGAAGGAGAGAGCACUGCCUACACAACAGGUGCAGUGAGCAUUCAUGAGUCAACCAUAUGCAGUGUACAGUCCCUCAUAAAAGUAUCGUUAGCCGUGGGAGUCGAUGCGAUUCAAGGCUUUCCGAGCAAUGUUACUCCACCUGUUCCUGAACGGUUGGUAGUUCUACAUGUGGCCUUUAAGCAUAAACAAGAAUAUGCAUUUUCAAACGAUAUAUCCAUUAAUAUUGCUUAUGGAUUUCUUGUUAUAGUGAAGUAUCUAGUAUACCAUACAAGGGUGAUUCCCUCCCCUAUCUCCAGGUGUUGCUGAUAUUGCUAGCAGGCUUAUGAUGGUGUACUGGGGAUCAUAUCAAAGCAUUUCGUCCAGCAUUUCAAAUUGUAGUGACAUGAUCUGACAAUACUUUUUUCGGGGGACUGUACAUACUAUUUGUGCUAAUGUAGGUUAUUACGACAGUCAAUAAUUCUUACUGUCACAAUAUUAUCUGGCUUCUUCAACUUAAGGCUGAGAGUGUAAGAAAACCUUUAAAUAUGUUUAUUUUCAUUUCUUGGAGAAGCAUUAAAUACUUUUAAUACUGUACUGCAUGUUUCGGUAAAUCAUUUUUAAAGGUUUAAUAAACAGACAUCAGAUGGAUGGCAGCAUGAGUAGGUCUGUCAUCUGGUACAGGCCGACUAAUACUGUACUCUGUUCCCUCAUGACACAACAGAUAUAAAGUCCACCUUUAGUUCUUUUGCUUCGUAAGUCACAUUGAGUGUGAACAACUGUGUUACAGGAAGCAGUUGUUCACACUCAAGGAGUCACUGACCCACAUCGGGGCCUGGGGGGCAAAAAUAUAAUAAUAAUAAUAAUAUAGAGUAAAUAAAAUUUAUAAU